ACUUUUCCAAAUUUGCCCCUACCGACUAAAACGACCUUCAUCAACCUCAUUCGUUGAGUCCUUCCUAUAAAUUCAAGCAUCAACCAUCCACGUUCCUCAGCGCAUUUUCGCAUCUGACUCCUUUUCCCUCUCUCUCUAUAGAUCCCUUUUUGUCCCCCUUACUCUUCGUCUUUCUCUCGUUAAGUUAAACACACUUUAGUAAGGUACUUAUGGGAACUGUUGUUGAAGCUGCUAACAAGGGUGCAAGCGGAAGCAUUCUACAGAAAAGAAAUCCUACAAUCGUUUUUGUGUUAGGUGGGCCAGGAAGUGGAAAGGGCACCCAAUGUGCUAACAUUGUGGAGCACUAUGGGUAUACUCACCUAAGUGCUGGUGAUCUUCUACGAGCAGAAAUAAAAUCUGGUUCUGAAAAUGGUACAAUGAUUCAAAAUAUGAUUAAAGAAGGAAAAAUUGUUCCAUCGGAGGUUACAAUUAAGCUUCUGCAACGAGCAAUGGAGGAAAGUGGCAAGGACAAAUUUCUUAUUGAUGGUUUUCCUCGUAAUGAGGAAAACCGAGCAGCAUUUGAGAAAGUGACAGGAAUGGAACCAUCUUUUGUCCUGUUUUUUGAUUGUCCAGAGGAGGAAAUGGAGAGGCGACUUUUAAAUAGGAACCAGGGGAGAGAAGAUGACAAUAUUAUUGAUGCUGCAAGACCUGUUGAAGAGGUAUUUGCCUCAGUUAAAGCAAUUUUUGAACCAAAAAAUGAGAAGGCUGAUUGAGCAUCUUGCAUCCUUGGAUUCAUGCUGGAAUCUAGAGGUUUUACUAUUAUAUUAUUGGCUGCUUCUUCGUUGCCUCACAUUUUGGUAUUAAAAUAUAGAAAAUUGUAGUUUAUUAGUUUAUACCUGAGAUUAUCCCCUUCUUAUGUUGUACCGUGUUGACUUAUUCGUUGAUUGUUCCAAUAAAGCAUUUUGUGUCUACUCUCGUAGUUCAUAUGGCUCCUUUUAAAGGUGUAAUCUCUCUUCCCCUCUCCUAUUAUUAUUUUUUGGAUAAUUCAGAUAGAGCCACAAAAUAGAACUUUUAUCAUCUUUCUAAUGUAUUAUAAAUUUGUACAA